AUGCCUACCAGCGCUACAUUACCCAAGACCAACUCGGGCUUCUUCGUUUACGGGAUCAAGAGCAUGCAUCGCGCUUUCCGUGCCUCAAGCGCUCCGUCUACACCUACUCGAACCACCGAGGCUAAGCCGAAGCAGUCGUCAUCGUCUUUCCUGCGUACGAUAACGAACGUCGGCGUGCAAGUCCUAUUGCCCAGACCCGCAUUGCCCAAGCCUCCCGUCUCAAAGGAUGCCGCCAUCAUCAGCACAUCGACCAAGUCUUCAGCACGUAUCACCAAAGCGCCGAUUGCACCCAAGCCAGAGCCUUUCGCGCGCAAGCCGCUGCCGUCGUUCAAGACGCCUUCUCCGCCACGCAAGGUUCCCGUUCUACGUAUGACUCCCACAUCCGGUGCUCGGAAGACCUGCCCCACGAUCGUUCCGACGUGCUCGCCCGCCCGUGCUCCGAUUUUGCGCCGCGCUAUCCGGUCGCCGUCCCCCAGAAAGUCAGUACGCUGGGAGAUGGACUCGACGUGCAGCUCAUCGCCGUCGCCCGUCUUUGAUUCAGCGCCUGUCUCACCCGUGUCAACGGCGCCUUCGACUCCGGAGCCCAGGCAUAGGCCUGUGAUAAACGUCGUGGGCACAUCCCGUUCGUGCAAGAAGGCUCAAUCCCCGCCCAUUGUGUCUACGAAGGCAGCGAUGGCGAAGGUCGCGACCAAGGUACCACAAGUCGCAACAUCGCCCAAGAAGAUGAAGACCAAGUCCUCAGUGAACAAGGAGAACGUCAUGCCCCGGGUGAUCACCGCCCAGGGACCAGCCAAGCGCGAGCUAGUUAUCGCCGAGCAAGGCUCACAGUCGUCCGUCGCGCAUACAGCGCUUGUACAGGACCUGACUUGGGCUCUGCAGAAACCCCAAACAGUCAUCGUCACGGAGAACACCCCCUUCGGCCCGCGUCGCGUGCGCCGUGUUGUCGUCCCCGACUACACCGGCUCGCCCGCUUCCGCGGAUCCGAACAUCCAGCGCGAGAUCACCGCUCUUCGCACACAGGCUCGCGUCGCCGCGCCCUCUGGGGUCGAGCACGGAGUCACCGAGCAAGGUGUCUCGCUGCGCGCACUCGAGAUCAUCAACCGGGUGCGCAGGGAACGUGGACAGGAGCCGCUGAAGACCGUCCCGCGUAACAUGGUCGCUACAAGAGCUUGA